AUGCUUAGGUUAGAGGCCAGCGUGAUUGGCGCCCAGACGAAGUGGAGACGCGGGGAAAGACUCCAUCGCGAGUUUCGCCCGGUUUCCAGUCGGUUCGAGCCGGAUCAAGUAUGGAUAAUCUCUCGUCCGCGACGUUGGCGCUUUGUCGACGAGACGGCCGACGUCAUCGCCAACAGCUGGUGGGAGGACGAGGCGACGAUCGACUCGGGUGAUGAUGCAGCGCCGAUAGAGCCAUCCCGUCCUGCGGCUUCAUCGCCAUCGUUACCUGUUGCUGCUGCUGCUGCUGCUUCUCCGUUGCGCCCGCACAUCCGUCAUCUGGUCUCGGAUCCCGAACGGCAGGCGGCCAUUCUACUGCGGUAUUAUGUCGACGAGCUCGCAGCCCGAUUCGACCUCUGUGACCCCCAGAGCCACUUUGCUCGGGUCGUGCCGCAUCGUGCCCGCUCGUCGACGCCGUUGCGCAUGGCCAUCCUGACAACAUCGGCGCGGCAUCUGGUUCGAUUGCCGAGGCAUCGGAAUAGCUCCGGCGAGGUCGAGUGGCAGGGGCAUCGGUUGCCGGAGCUGACGGAGGAGUCGGCCCUGGAUUACCACACGACCUGCAUACGCGACCUGCUGGCCCUCAGCAUGGACCCGGAGCAGGUCCACAAUGAGAAUCUGCUGGCCGCCGCCAUCAUCCUGCGCACCGACGAGGAGAUGGACGCGCCCUUGCGGGAGGAGGCUGAGGACCAGGAGGUGUUCCUGCGCAUGCUCAACGUCUUUAUCUCGGCGCAGGUGCACUGCGUCGAGUCGCGCUGGUCCUCACCGGCCGACGGUCUACGUCAGGCGGCCUUCUGGGUGGCCCUGCGCCAAGAAGUGUUGAGUUCUUUCAUGAAACAGCGCGCCGUCGACUUCCCCUUGGCGCACUGCCAGGACGUCCGGUCGCUUUCGCCCGCCCCCGACGCCGUCUGGGCCAAUCGCAUGGUCAUCUUCUGUGCCGACGUGCUGGAGUGCUGUUACGGCCGUCGCGAUGCCUCCGCUCAACGCUGGCAGGCGCUGGUGACGUACCAGGAGGAGCUGCAUGCGUCGCGGCCGCCUUCCUUCGACGCGCUCUACUGCCGCGAUGCCGACCCUCGCGCCGACCAGAUCUUCCCGGAAAUCUGGCAUCUGGACCGCUGUCACGUCACGGGCACCAACCAUGGCGACCUCGCUCGCUUGCUGCUGUUGGUUUGCGAUCCGACGCGACCGCCGCUGGGCCCCGGAUCGGCGGCGCGACGGCGAGAGACGAUGCAGUCGGUCCGAGUCAUCGUGCGUCGGCUAUGCGGCGUGGCGUUGAGUAACCGUCACUCGCCGUCAACCUUCUUCGAGGCCCUCAUGGGCAUCAUCACUUGCGGCGAGUACUUUGACGACGCGCGCGAACAGACGGCCCUCCUGGACGUGUUGGGGGUGAUGCGUCGCGAGCAUGCGUUUCCGACCGAGAGCGUCGAAGCCCGACUGCGCACGGCGUGGCUGUUGCAGACUCCCGGGUAGUCCUUCUUGAUGUUUUUUCUUUCGUCUAGUUCUGCAUGCGAGGCGUUGUGGUGGUACUUUGGG